AUGGCCACACGAUAUCCUGCUUCCGGGGACCACGCCCGGCCUUCGACAAACGACACGGCAACAACAGCCCGCCAGGCGGAAAACCCAAUCAAUGUCGACACCGAAAGCCUUGGCCCCCUGAUGUCUGGCACGGGCCAAGUUGCUCUGUCUGGCCUCGCGAAGGAGACCAUCGCCGGUACUCCCCGGGAGGAAUUCCCCCCCGGUGGUGGCACGGUCCGGGAAUCAUGGGUGUCUUAUGCCUCAACGGCCGCCAGCAGGGAUUCAGUGGUUCCUAGUCUGUUCUCGGUCAGGGCGUCAACCGUUUCGGCCGCGACACGAUACUCGGUCCGUCAGUCCUCGAUCGAGUCGCCCAUCUCCGCCACUAGCCCAACGUAUCAGGAACAUAGGAAGGGCAGCUACCCUCGGGACCGCUAUUUCUGCACAUUCUGCGACGCCGAUUUCUCCUCAAAGACAGAGUGGAAAGCCCACGAGUUUGAGUUCCAUAACCGGCGGGAGCGAUACCUAUGCAGGAGCUGCCCAGCGGUAUUCUCAGAGGCAGUACGCUUUGCUGAUCACCUCAGAACAAACCACGGUAUUGAAUCCAUUGAAGCUCCUCCCGAGCCCACCGAGUACCGGCCUACUCGAAGUGCCUGGGGUUGUGGGUUCUGUGGCGCAGCCAUUUCUUCGCGGAAUGAGUACCUUGAGCAUGUCGGCGAGCACUACGACGAAGGAAAACAGAAAUCCGAAUGGCUGCACACCUUUGUUAUUGAGGGAUUGCUUCAACAACCCCAAGUGGCAUCUGCCUGGAUGGCUUUGGUCGCAAGGGAGGAACAGUCAAGGGGCGCCAAGUUGCGGUUUCUAUGGGAUUCGGACACAACCGGUCGAGCCACCAACGAAAGAGAGCCCCACGGCCUGCAAGACAUGCUUGAGCUCUUCCCAGCAGGCGGCCAAAAAGCAGAUGAGGUUGUGAAAGUUGCCUACAACAGCGCUCAGAUUCGACUCAAUACCAACAUCAGCGACGACCUCAUCAGCAAACUUGGCGUAGGAAGUUCCGAGGCAACGUCGAGCAAUCUGGCCCAGCGUCCCUUUCAAUCCCCGUUGGACCUACAUCCAACUGAGCAGGAGGUAACAGAUGACGUGGUCUCGCCAAUAUCGCCAUUACCUGCGCCCCUGCGGCCGCCCACCGCUCCGCCGCGGCUUUCGCACCCAUUGCCUCCAUGGCUUGAGUCGAAGUCACGGCCGUCCGAGACCAUCUCAACAACUUCCAGCUCCGGCCCGCCAACACUUUCCCUCCCUUUGAGGCCAAGCUCAAAAGCACUGCGCCGGAUUGAGAGUUCGCGAAGCCUUGGUCCCACGAAGCAGAUUGAAGAUGUCAGGGCCCUUGGCCGACCGGCGGUCAACGCCAACACGCUACCCCUGCUAGGUCCCUCCGAGGCCCCUCUCAUCUCUAUUAGAAGGGCAAGAGAGUCACGGCCUCGUCUAUCGGUUACUCCGGAAGAGUCAUCAUCUACAAUUGACCAAAGAAGAGUGUUAUCGACACCAUUAUCCGUGAAACCACAUACGAGCUCGAGCACGCUGUCCACACACACAAAAGAUGACUCCCUUGGGUUUGGUGACAGUACAAGUGAGACCGUGUCAGAUGACAGUCUUUCGGAACCCGAUUCAUGGCUGGAAUCUGGCGGUAUUCCCACGGCUACCAAAGUUUGGAGACAGUCGUUCCAACGAACGGUCGACCGGGGGAUGACACGGCUCUGGGUCCGGUACAGCCAUGACUGGGAUGCUCUUGUCAGGCAGUAUGUUGGCGACACAAGCGGCGAUUCGGGCCAAUACCGAGAGUCUUCGGGGCGUGUACGCAAGUGCGCAUCUUCGCGUUACGCGACAAGCAACAAUCUCCGUCCCAAUGCGCGGUCGUUUGCCCAGGACGAAGAGGAGGACGGCGAUGAAGGCGAGGGGUAUCCAGCUCCUUCACAGAUGUCCAAGCGUAACUCGGGGUCUGCGAAGAGGUUCGCAUGCCCCUUCAGAAAACACGAUCCCUUCACCUACAACGUCCAGGACCAUGAAGUGUGUGCGAUCAGAUCGUGGUCGGCGAUCUCCAGGUUGAAGGAGCACAUCUACCGCAGGCAUUACAAGAUCCACUGCCAAAGAUGCAAGCGAACUUUCAGCGAGACUAGGGAACUAGCAGACCACGAGAUGUUGGUCACGGGUUGCGAGGUUGUAGAUACCAUUCCCCCGGGUGAUAUCACGGCAUACCAGGAAAAGCAACUCAAGUCGAGAAAACACACCACGCGGCGACAGACGGACGAGGAGAAAUGGAGAGAUAUCUACCGACUGCUCUUUCCCAACGAAGAAAUUCCAUCGCCAUAUCCUGAGGCUGCGGAGGACAUGGGGCCCAAAACCGCCGAGUCCAGUGUCAGUUUCAACUUCCAGCACUUUCUUCUGAGCGAGAUGCCGACUUUAUUCACCAGAACCGCCGAAGAACACGCUGGGAGACACCUCCAAGCUCACGACGAACUGGCGUUGGGAGCCAUCCCGCGCAUCAUCGAGGAUGCCCUUCACAAAGCGUUCAGGGCAUGGGAGGCAAGGGGUAGCGAGUUACCGGCCGGGGAGGCUUCGGUAGCACUGAUGAGCUUUCUGCCAGAGACCCCAGGUUCGAGCGCUUACAAUUUCGGGCAGUCCACCGCGUACCAAACCCCGCAGUCCGCCGUGACAACAGACCACAACUUUUCCCAGAGUCAGUUCAGCAACCCGAAUUUUAGCGUCGAGGCUCCACAUGGUCAUAUCGCCAACCCUGACGACUCUGGUUUUGUGGACGACACUUUCUUCGCACCCGAGCCUCUGCUCGACUUCAACAACUUCGUCCCGCAGUAUGAGAGAGGCGCAUGGGAACCAGGCCUUGGUAUUAUGGGCGGGGGUGCGUUCGGGGCUGACUUAAACCCGGGGGACCACUUCCGGGGCUUCCAUGGUGGUUAG